UCCGCCAUUGCAGGCUUCUACCGAGGUUGUCUAUUUUAUCUUUUUUCUUCUCCGAUUCUCUUUACACUCGUCUUCAUCCACUACUCACCACCAACAAGAACAAUCUCCAUCAUCCUUUUGAAAAAAAAGGAAAAAAACAAAACUUUCUUACCAUUUCCCUUUGACCCCAAAUUUCAUCCUAUCAAUACACAGCUGAUUUUUCAUAUUAUUUUAUUAAUCGUUUUCGUUAACCCGAACGAAUCUAUCAAUCUGUCACCAUCUGAUGCUUGCCGUCCUGUUCAUACCGGCCUGGCUGGCUCCUCGCUAGAUUUAUGCUUUGAUUAAUCCCAAUAUCUUCUCUGUUCUCCACAGCGCAUCAGUUAACAUCUGGUUAAUUCGUCAAAUCUGCUGUUCUUGAUCUGUCAGGUGUUUCAUUUUCUUUCAAUCUUAUAUGGGUAUUGGAUAGUAGAUCUCUUAAUUGCUACUGAUCUGGGUUCAAGAACCCUAGAUUUCUAAUUUAUCGAAGCAAACCCCUUUUGUUUUAUCGAUUAUUGUGAAAACCCCCAUCUGAAAUCGAAUUAUUAUGAUGGGUUUUGUGGGGUUGAAGCUACUGUUUAUCGGGGUUGUGUUCUUCUUGUGUUUAUCUUCUUGUUAUUCUCAGUUUAAUCCGGCGGAUAAGUAUUCGAUUGAUUGUGGAUCUCCGAGCAACACCACCAUCGGCAAUCGGGUGUUUUUAUCUGAUAGUUUGGCUUCGAGUUUUCUUUCAACCCCACAAAAUGUUUUGGUUGAUACUUCUGCAAAUUCAAUUCCUUCAUCUGAAUACUCUCCGCUGUAUAAAACAGCAAGAAUCUUUACACAAACAUCUACAUACACUUUUCGAAUCACUCAAAGCGGUCGUCACUGGAUCCGUCUUUAUUUCUUCCCAUUCUCCGCCAGUAAUUACAAUCUAACCACCGCAGUUUUCUCCGUUUCAACUCCAGAUCACUCUCUGUUGAGCGAUUUCAAAGCCGAAAGUGUUCAGACCAAAGAAUAUUCAGUAAAUGUCACCUCCGGCGACCUUGAAAUCACCUUUACACCUACCGGGAGUUCAUUUGCUUUCUUGAAUGGUUUAGAAGUUGUUUCGGUUCCAGAUCCGUUGAUCCCCGAUGAUGCAAUGUCCGUCAACCCUCCGACAAACUUCAAAGGGAUGUUGAAUAAGGCGCUGGAGACGCUUGCUAGGGUGAACAUGGGUGGUCCGGUGGUCACAUCCAGGAAUGAUUCAUUGUGGAGAUCUUGGGUUACUGAUCUGAGCUAUUCAAAGAACCGGAAUUUUGAAUCGAAUGUUUCAAAUCCCACCGCUGUUAGAUACCCACCCGACGGCGCUACUCAAGACGAUGCUCCGGUCAGCGUCUAUGGAACCGCCGCAACGAUGGCAUCUGAAAACGACCCAAAAGCCAAUUUCAACGUCACCUGGGAGUUCCCGGUGGAUCGUGGAUUCCAGUAUCUCGUCCGCCUCCAUUUUUGCGAUAUCGUAAGUACUUCUGCCAAUACACUCUACUUCAACGUCUACAUCGACGACUCCAACGUUCUACCCGAUUACGAUCUCUCCACCAAGUUCGGCGGAAGCUUAGCCAUGGCGUCUUACUCCGAUUUCGUAACCCAAUCGCUUAAUAAAAACCAAAUUCGCAUCAGCAUCGGUCCUUCCUCCAUCAAAGACGUUAACCCCAACGCUAUACUGAACGGCGUCGAGAUUAUGAAGUUGAGUAAUUCCGACGGUAGUCUUUCCGGUGGAAACAUCCCGUCCUCCAAUUCUAGCUCUAAAAAGAGCAUCGGUCUGAUCAUCGGUGUAGUCGUCGGAGUUCUUGUAGCAAUUUUAGCAGGUGUCAUUUUCUUCUGUGUUUACAAAAAACGAAAACAAGAACAACUCAACCAAUCAAAGAUCUGGAUUCCAUUAUCAACCAACGGGAUUUCCCAAACAAUGGGCAGCAAAUACUCCAAUGGAACAACAAUUAGUGCUGGCUCAAACUUCAAUUACAGGUGUCCAUUCGCAGCAAUUCAAGAAGCCACCAACAAUUUUGACGAAAGCUGGGUGAUCGGAAUCGGUGGAUUUGGUAAAGUCUACAAAGGUGUUUUAAGCGAUGGAACAAAAGUAGCUGUGAAAAGAGGAAACCCAAAAUCCCAACAAGGUUUAGCCGAAUUCCAAACAGAAAUCGAAAUGCUUUCACAAUUCAGACAUCGCCAUUUAGUUUCCCUAAUUGGAUACUGUGAUGAAAAAUCCGAAAUGAUUCUUAUAUAUGAAUACAUGGAAAACGGGACUUUAAAAAGUCAUCUAUACGGGUCGGGUUUUCCAAGCAUGAGCUGGAAGCAACGUCUUGAAAUCUGCAUCGGGGCGGCCCGCGGGUUACAUUAUUUACAUACGGGUUAUUCAAAGGCGGUGAUCCACCGUGAUGUGAAGUCAGCCAAUAUUUUGUUAGAUGAAAAUCUAAUGGCGAAAGUGGCCGAUUUCGGGCUCUCGAAAACGGGGCCCGAAAUCGACCAGACCCAUGUAAGUACCGCGGUCAAAGGUAGUUUUGGUUACCUUGACCCGGAGUACUUUAGGCGUCAACAGUUGACUGAAAAGUCAGAUGUUUACUCGUUUGGAGUUGUUCUAUUUGAGGUGUUGUGUGCUCGACCCGUGAUCGACCCGUCUUUGCCUCGUGAGAUGGUGAAUUUGGCUGAAUGGGCGAUGAAAUGGCAGAAGAAAGGGCAGCUUGAACAGAUAAUUGAUGUGACUUUGAAGGGGAAGAUUCGGGCGGAUUCUUUGAGGAAAUUUGGUGAAACGGCUGAGAAAUGUUUGUCUGAUUUUGGGGUUGAUAGGCCUUCGAUGGGUGAUGUUUUGUGGAAUCUUGAAUAUGUGCUUCAACUUCAAGAAGCGGUUCUUCAGAAUGAUCCGGAUGAGAAUAGUACGAAUGUGAUCGGAGAGUUGUCGCCAGUGAUUCAUGACUUUAAUCGUGGCGGUGAUGGUGGUGGUGAUGGGGCGGCUCAGUUUGAGAUGUCGAGCGGGGAUGAUAUUUCUGGGGUGUCGAUGAGUAAGGUUUUCUCACAGUUGGUGAAAUCGGAGGGGAGAUGAAGGGUGGGGGUUACUUUACUCAUCAUGAGCAUGAGGCUAAUCGAUUAUUUGUUUUAUUUGAUAUAGAGUUUGAAAAAAAGGACUUGGUGUUUUAUAUGUAGUUACUUGGGUAAUUUUGUGGUUUGUUAAAUGAUGUAAUGAGUAACUUAUUUGAUUAUUUGAUCUGUUUUAUGCCUCGA